AUGUAUUUUAUCUUUGGUUUAAUAUUGAUUCUUUCAAUCAAUGUUUUCGCUGUACCACCAGAAAAUUGCCUGGUAAGUCAGCAAUGUACUUCAUAUUGCCAGAGUUAUGGCUAUUCGUUUGGAACCUGUCGUACACGUCUAUCUAUCAGCCGUCCAAUACCAUUAUUGAAACGUUUCUGUCAUUGUUCGACAUGUGAUCCAAAAUAUUGUCAAAGCUAUUGCAAUAGUAUUGGAAGAAAAUAUACAUCUUGUACUUGUUAUAAUUUUUCCUAUGAUCAACGUUUCGAAAGUUAUUUCCAACAACGUAAUGAAUAUUCUGUUGCUAAUGAUUGUAAUGAUAGUGUACUGUAUUGUCAAUGUGGUUUAUAA